AUGUGCGACGGCAAUGAGAGUUCUCUGACACCUGGCUGCCUGUCGAUAGAUACGCUUGCGCUCUCGCUAGGUAUACAGGUCCUGAACAUGGUUGACACUCAGGUAACAAAUGGGAGACGGCACCCAAAAACUCCGUUAUCCAGAAAUAAUACCUGCUCUAUCUAUUUGAGUAGGUUAUAGCCCUGACACUCAUCCUUGUCGAUACAAGCGAAAAUGCGAGUUCCAGGAACUAGUUGAUCAGAAGAAGAAGAAGAAGAAGAAGAAGAAGAAGAAGAAGAAGAAGAAGAAGAAGAAGCGAUCGCUGGAACAAUGGCUUUAUUCGCCUGACGUUUCGGAUUCUCUCUUGAAUCCAUCAUCAGAGACAGUUGCAGAAAAGGGUGGCUAG